GCAAUUAUAGUUUGCAGUUGUCUCAAACCGGUGAAGAUUGUCCACAGCUCUGCUACAGGUUUUUAGGAAGGGCUCCAAUCUACAGAAAGAUGUUCACCCCUACACACAAAAAGAUAUUGAUAAUAGGGAGCAUCAUCUCAAUCAUAGUUGUAAGUGCCCUGUUAAUAUGGGAAAGAAAUCACAAAAUGCAAAAAAGAAGAGCAGGGUACUAUAAUCCUAAUCGAUCCAAAAUCCAACAUGAAAUAUUAAAAAACCCCUGUAAUACUACAGAUGGGGAUAGCAGUAGAACAAAAGAACUGUAUUUACCAAGAGGGGUCCCUGAUGAAUAUAAAUUAGCAGAUCAAGUGGCAGCAGGCUUUGAAUCCACCAUAUGUUGGUGGUGUACAAUCAAUAAAAAUGUAGACAGAAUCAACUACAUCCAUUAUAAUGUGCAGAGAUUAGGAAACAAAACUGAAGAAGGUUUCUCCGCUAUCCAUGAACAACUGUCAGCUACCUCACUUAUGGCUUUCCAAAAUAGAAUUGCCGUUGACAUGCUCUUAGCUGAGAAAGGAGGUGUUUGUUCUAUAUUUGGUGGUCAGUGUUGCACUUUUAUACCAAAUAACACCGCAGCUGAUGGAAGCCUGACUAAAGCGUUGGAAGGCCUUAGAUCACUCAACGACAAAAUGAAAGACCAUUCUGGAGUUGACACCUCAAUGUGGGAUGGUUUUGGGGAAAUGUUUGGAAAAUAUAAACAACUAGUGUUUUCAAUAUUAAUGUCUAUUGCUCUGUUUGCAGCUAUUCUCACCUUAUGUGGAUGUUGUUGUAUUCCUUGUAUAAGAGCCUUGUGUUCUCGAAUAAUCACCUCUGCUAUACAACCAGUUAAAACAGAGCUCUCAGAGAUGUAUGCCCUUAUAAGACCAGACGAGGACUCAGAUGAAGACCCUGAUGAGACAAGCAACGAAGAGACGUCCCUGCAUUUUCCAGACUUUUAUCCAGACCCUGAUGGUUAUUAGGGAGGUCCUCUGAGU